UUGAAAUCGCGGAGCUGCCGCAGUUUGACCGGAGAGCUUGCUGCCUGUAGUUUGAAUUUCCCCAGCCCAGUACUUCUCCACCAGUGACCCUGGACAGUCCCAAAAUACAAAUGCUGCUGGCAGCGUAGGUGGUAGAGUAAUUCUUGAAUCAGUGAGCCAUGGCAUCUAAGAAAUUUGCUGUUAAAUGUGGGAAUUUUGCUGUCCUGGUGGAUCUCCAUGUAUCACCGCAAGAUUCAAGCAAAGAUACCAGCUGGUUUUCCGAACAGAAGAAAGAGGAAGUCUGUUUACUGUUAAAAGAAACCAUUGAUUCAAGAGUUAAGGAAUACUUGGAAGUUCGUAAACAACACAAGCCGUCAAGUACCGAAUUCACAAGAUCCAAUCCCUUGUCCUUAAAAGGUUACGGCUUUCAGAUCACAGCCUAUUUCCUCAAGAGAGGCAUACGCCUGCACUGUAUCAGAGGUUCAGCAAAUUCUGAUCUCCGCGUGUUUCCUGACAGAUUUGUGGUCUGUGUAAGUCAACUUCCAGUGGGCCGUGAUCUUUUGCUCAGUCAGAAGGAAGAGCUGGAUCUAGUUUGAGGCCGUGAGAAGGAUGAGAAGUACAUUUGGAAAGAGACUCAGCACAACAGGACUUCUGUUAAAAAUCCAAGCAAGAAGAAAUAUCACAUUGAUUAUGAAACAUGGGUAGAAAAGUGGUGAAAUCAUUGAUGCUGUAUGAAAAGCUUAUGUCCCAGAGAAAUCAG